ACUCCGAGAAGAAGACGAUGACCGACCUCCAGAGCUCCAUGUCGACCUUCAUCGCCGUGUUUCAGAAGUAUUCGGGGAGAGAAGGAGACAAACACAAGCUGAAGAAGAGCGAGCUGAAGGAGCUGCUGCAGGACGAGCUGCCGGACCUGAUGGAGCACGUGAGGGACCCGGCCGCCCUCGACAGCCUGAUGGAGAGCCUGGACGCCGACGGGGACGCCGAGUGCGACUUCCAGGAGUUCAUGACGUUGGUUUCCAUGGUUACGGUCUGUUGCCACCAGUUCUUCCAGCACGAGGACGAGUGAGGGGGGGGCAGACAGAAGAAGAAGAAGAAGAAGAAGAAGAAGAAGAAGAAGAAGAAGAAGAAGACCGUACUUUGAUUAGUUUAAAUGUUCAUUUCUAUCUGAGUCUGAUUAUCUUCUAAUUCUGAAAAAUACAGAUUUUAUGUAUUUUCUCGUGGAUUACGAUCACGGUUUUAAAUAUACGCGGUUUUACUGUAAAUUGGGUAAAAUAAUUAUUGGUUUUGAUUGAAAAAAAGAUUUGGCUUUAAAAAAAAAGUGUGAUUGUUGCUUUAUUUAAAUUACAAACGUUCAUUUAAAUAUGUCAACAAACAACAACGUAACCAACGAGAAAUGUUUUUUAAUUUAAAUGUAAUUAUAAAUAACCGAGUUAGAGCUCGUGGCCGUUAUAUUUCAGAUGCAGGAGGUUCUACAUCAACUUUAAUGACUAUCAAAUAAUUAAAAAUGUGUAGAAAUCUAGUCGACUAUCAAACGUUGUGAGUGACCCGUAAGUUAAAAACUAAAAUGCUGAAACGGCUUCUCUAAGAAGACGAAGAACUAAAACGCAUUUCAGACGUAAUUCAGUCAAAAUGUCGCUGGCUGAGAAAAUAAUGAUGAAAUAUUGAGAUUUGGUAGAAUAAUCUGCUGGAAUAACGAGUUUUUAUGAUGAAAUGAAGAUUAUUAAAUUAUCAUUGUGUGACUCUCGAGUCUGAGCUGUUUUUAUUUCUUUUUUUGUUAAUUCUUCUUUCAAUAAAUGCUAAAUGGUC